UGACCAGUGUGCCGGGCGGGGCCAGCCCUGUGACGUCACACCGCAAAGCAUGCUGGGAGAGGAAAACUCCAGGAACCUGAGGGAAAGAGGAAGUUCUGCUGGAAACGUCCUGUAAAGAGGCUCUGAUGUCCGGACAGCGGGAGGGAGAGCCCCGGCAUGAGGAGGAGCAGAGAGAUCCAGUCAGAGGACAACACCAGAGAGAUGUCCGCGUCCUCUCCUUCCACAGGAUGGUCAGACGACUGUACCGGGAUCACAGAGGAACACCUUAUACCUACAUAUUAUGAUGCAGAUGAUUCGGUUGUCGCACCAGAUACAUAUGAAAAACGUGCCAUUAUCCCAGUUGUACCCUCAGACCUUCAAAUCAAAAAUCUGCCAUCUGAUCCUUUAAAAAAGACUGUUAUGCAGAAUGCAAACCACAGAAGUGGUGCUGGAUCCCAAAGAGCUCAGAAAGGGAAGAAGUCUUAUUCAUGUUCAGAAUGUGACAAAUGUUUUACUGUAAAAUCACUUCUUGAGAGGCAUCAGAGAGUUCACACAGGGGAGAAACCGUAUUCAUGUUUAGAAUGUGGCAAAUGUUUUACUCGGAAAUCAUAUCUUGUGAGGCAUCAGAAUAUUCACACAGGGGAGAAGCCAUAUUCAUGUUCAGAAUGUGGCAAAUGUUUUACUCAGAAAUCAUAUCUUGUUAGGCAUCAGAAUAUUCACACAGGGGAGAAUCCGUAUUCAUGUUCAGAAUGUGGCAAAUGUUUUACUCAGAAAUCAAAUCUUGAGAGGCAUCAGAUAGUUCACACAGGGGAGAAGCCGUAUUCAUGUUCAGAAUGUGGCAAAUGGUUUACUGCAAAAUCACAUCUUGAGAGGCAUCAGAAAAUUCACACAGGGGAGAAGCCGUAUUCAUGUUCAGAAUGUGGCAAAUGUUUUACUCGGAAAUCAAGUCUUGAGAGCCAUCAAAGACAUCACACAGGGGAGAAGCCGUAUUCAUGUUCAGAAUGUGGCAAAUGUUUUACUUAUAAAUCAAAUCUUGAGAGCCAUCAAAGAUAUCACAUAGGGGAGAAGCCGUAUUCAUGUUCAGAAUGUGGCAAAUGUUUUACUGAGAAAUCAAAUCUUAAGAGCCAUCAAAGACAUCAUACAGGGGAGAAGCCGUAUUCAUGUUCAGAAUGUGGUAAACGUUUUGCUAAGAAAUCAAUUUUUCAUAACCAUCAGAGAAUUCACACAGGGGAGAAGCCAUUUUCAUGUCCAGAAUGUGGAAAAUGUUUUGCUUUGAAUACUCAGCUUGCUGAUCAUUUAAAAAAUCACACAGGAGAGAGGCCAUUUUCCUGCCCAGAAUGUGGAAAAUGUUUUGCUCAUAAAUCAGUUCUUAAGGUUCAUCAGGUUAUUCACACAGGAGAGAAGCUAUUUUCAUGCCCAGAAUGUGGGAAAUGUUUUACGCAAAAUGCAUCUCUUUAUAAACAUAAGAAAAGUCACAUAGGAGAGAAGCCAUAUUCAUGUUCAGAAUGUGGGGAUUGUUUUAGCCAGAAAUUUUAUCUCCAGAGCCAUCAGAGAAUUCACACAGGGGAGAAGCUAUACCAUUGUUCCGAAUCUUUCUCAGAAUCAGAUGUGGCUGGCAAACAUAAGAAUGGACUGCAGUACCUGGGCUCCAGCAGCUCCUGCCAUCUCUCCACCUCCGGCCCAGCUUCUUGCAGUCCCCUGAGGAUAAUAUCCAGAACCCCAGCCAGAGGCGGCCUCCUCCUGCCGCUGCCGAGCCAGCACGUCCCAAGGUGUAUAAUAUCCGCUGCCAUCCCCACGCUGAUCAGCUGGGAGCAGCGCCACAGCCGGCCGGAAGAGAAGAUGGGACACGCCGCUGCAGCCGCCGCCCGGGAGAAGAUGGGACACGCUGCUGCAGCCGCCGCCCGGGAGAAGAUGGGACACGCUGCUGCAGCCGCUGCCCGGAAGAUGGGACACGCUUCCGCCACCGCUGAUCUAGGGCCAUGA